AUGGCGAAGACAAAAGCAGCAAUGUCAAACCGACCUUGGCAAGUGGCUCUACUGGUAGCCUUAUUCCUCCCCAUUAUCGCUUAUGGGCUCUCUUUACCAUCUCAGGAGCUAGUGAACCGUCGCAAGAGUCCGGCACUGUGGCGAUACGAUUUGGCCCGUGAAGAUGGCCAUGACGAUGUGCCAUCUAGCAGUACCACCAGUAGUCAAAGACUCCUCCGACAACCUCCCGAAGUCAUGGCGCCUGUUGGUGGCUGGCCUCAGCUUCAUGCCGCCAUUGCCAAUGGAGCAGACGCCAUUUAUCUGGGUCUUUCGGCGUUUAGCGCCCGCGCCAGAGCGGCCAAUUUCGAUCCAGUUGCCGAACUCCCCAAAGCCGUCGAGUUGUGCCAUGCUUCCAACGUCAAGGUAUACGUCGCCAUGAACACUCUGGUCUUCCCAGAUGAACUACAAGAAGUGGAAGAGCUGAUACGACUGUGCCAUCGAGCCAAUGUGGAUGCUUUAAUUGUGCAAGAUUUGGGAAUGUCCAAGUUGGUCCAGAAAGUAGGGUUGGAACUUCGUGCUUCGACGCAGCAAACCAUUACAUCUGCCGAUGGAGCCGAAUUCAGUGCCAACGUGACAGGGGCAACUCGAGUCGUAUUGGGCAGAGAAUUAUCUGUGGCCGAAAUAAAAGCUGUAACCACCAAACUGCAGGACCAAACGGAUCAUGAUCCUGUCGAAGUGGAAGCCUUUGUCCAUGGAGCCUUGUGCGUCAGUCUCAGUGGACAAUGCUUUUCGAGUGAGGCAUGGGGAGGACGCAGUGCCAACAGAGGUCAGUGUGCUCAGGCAUGUCGAUUGCCCUAUGGGCUGGUGGAUAAUGGCCAGCUCAAAGAAAUGGGAGAUUUCUCGUAUCUACUAUCUCCACAAGACUUGUGUGGACUGGAUCAUGUGCCGGCCUUGGUGCGAGCUGGUGUGUCUUGUUUGAAAAUUGAAGGUAGACUCAAGGAUGCUGCCUAUGUUGCAGCUACGACGAGAGCGUAUCGAAAUGCAGUCGAUCAAGCUUGGAAGGAGUACAUGAAGGAGGAGCACCACAACAAUUCGCAAGAUAAUCCAACGGAACCCAGAGUCCGACCUGUAGCACUUCCCGAUGAAGAGGUUUCCAAGGCAGAACUUGCUCAGUUGUUCUCAAGAGGACAAGACGAAGAGCACGAUGGCCUUUCCAGUGGAUUUUUUGAUGGAUCACACCACCAGAAUUUAGUACGAGGCCGUUCGCCGCGGCAUCGAGGCAUCCAUUGCGGAAGAGUGUUAAAAGGAACCUCCGGUAAGAAAGGACUCCUCAUUUCAUUGGAUGCUAGCAAGGACCUCAAGAGGGGAGAUGGUUUAGUAAUAGACCGGGGACUAGCGCAAGAAGAAGAACUCGGUGGACCCAUCUUUGAUGUUCAGAUCCAAGAAGAGCACAAGGGAGAGCGAGUGGCAUUAGUUCGAUUCUCCAAGUCCGUCGAAAAGAAAUGGAAACAAUUAGAUGAUAGGGCAUGGAAGCAGGGAGCAAUUCAACUUGCUCCAGCGGGGGCACACGUAUGGAAGACAAGCGAUGCCACCGUGUCGAAAAAAAUGAAACGGCUUUCGGAAGCACCAAUCCCUAAAUUGCAACGGCAAGCUCGUGUCACUGUGGAAGGAUCUAUAGGUGCGCCAUUGGUGGUGACGAUUCGGGAUGAAACCACAGGGCGCGAAGGGGUUGGGACUAGUGAGGGUGUCCUGCAGCCGGCUGAGAAGAAGAGUUUGGACGAGCAAUCUAUCUCAAAGGCCAUUGGGACACUUGGCAACACCGACUGGGAACUAUUAGCUAUCAAUGGUAUCAAUUCGUCAAGAGUGGAAGCUGGAGCGUGGUGUCCUGCAGGUUGGAUAAAGGAGUGUCGGAGGCAGGCUGUUGAGGAGCUCCAGGCUCAAAUUCUCGUCGACGGAAGAAAGAGUCAACGUGAUCAUGAUGUGGACUCGAAUUCUCUUUCUAUGGACGAACCAGUUCGCAGUAUCACGGAUGAACUCCUGAGCAAGUUUGGGAGCAGUGGAGAAAAGGAUGAACCAACAAAGAGAAUCCCCAUCCCUACCGCCUUGAGGCUAUCUGUUCUGGCCCGAAACUACGAUCACGUGGAAACAGUGUGCAAAAUGAUUGAGGACGGGCAAGUCGACAGCAUCGAUGAGAUCAUUGUUGAUUUUUUGGAGGUGGAUGGCAUGAGAGAUGCCGUCAACAGGAUCCGUCAAGUUCCAGCCACCAAGGCUGUCGUGGCAAGUCCUCGCAUCAUCAAACCAGGAGAAUCGGGAAUUUGGCGAACGCUGCUACGAUUGCAAGCCCAUGGCCUGCUUGUUCGUUCUGCAGGGCUUUUGAACAGAAUGACAAAGCUCGGAGGCCAAGGUGCCCGAGUUGAAGUGGAUGUUCCCGUCAGUGGAGAACGAAACUCAGUCAACAAUAGGCAGGCGGUGGUGAUCCCAGAGUUGAUUGCUGAUUUCUCGUUGAAUGUUGCAAAUCCUUUGUCCGCCUGGGAGCUGCUCUCCAAAGGCUGUAGCAGAGUGACGGCGUCUUAUGAUCUCAACGCGGACGGGAUCACAAAUCUGUUGGAGUCAAUGGGGAACAUCAACGAAGGUUCUUCGAGGAUUGACAUUAUUGCCCACGCUCACUUGCCAGUCUUCCACACAGAGCACUGUGUGUUUGCUAGGUUUCUCACCAAGGGAGAUUCCUAUCUAGAUUGCGGGCACGCUUGUACAAGACACAAUGUGCAUCUCCGUGAUCAAACGGGAGCGGACCACCUGGUUUUGGCUGAUAUGGGAUGCCGCAACACGGUCUUCGGGUCGGAAGCACAGAGUGGCGUCCAUUCUUUGAAGGACUGGUCGGCCGCUGGAGCUUCCCGUUUUCGAAUUGAGUUGGUUGAUGAGACAGGCGACGAUGUAAGGCUCAUUGUGGGUGGGUAUGCAUCUGUUAUGAACGGGAAGCAACGAGCUAGCGAGUUGUGGGAGUCUCUCAAGCUCGUUCGCGACAGUAAUGGUCGCACAGGCGGUGUUUCUCAUGGCUCUCUAACGAACAGUCCAGUGAGGCGUGCUGGUGAAAUCCGAUAG